GAGAAAAGAAAUAGAUAGAGACGGCUGGAAAGAUCAAAAGGUGCAAAGAGAUAAAAAUGUAUCUGAGAAAAAGACUGGACCCUCUUGAGGCUUACUUAAAUAUACUUUGACAAGAUAUCUUUGAUCCUUUGCUGCUCUAUUCGUCUCUCUCUCUCUCUCUCUGACUCUCACCCUUUUGCUGCCAAUAAGAAUUCCACAUAGAAGUACUCCAAAGACAACAACUGAGUUCCUUGUCGGAGAAACAAGAGAAUGGUCUGAGGUGGUCUUGCAUGGCGAGCCAUAGAGUUGGGGAGACUGGUUUAUCCGACUCAGGACCUUCGAAUCACCAUGUCCCUUAUUCACUUUUUCAUGGAAUUAAUGCUCCUUCUACAAGUUUCAUCAAUCAAGAGGGAUCUGCUUUCGAUUUUGGAGAGCUAGAAGAGGCAAUUGUGCUGCAAGGGGUUAAGAUAAGAAAUGAUGAAGCUAAAGCACCUUUAUUCACAGGCAGGCCUGCAGCAACUCUGGAAAUGUUCCCUUCAUGGCCAACGAGAUUCCAGACCACCCCAAGAGUAGGAAGUUCAAAAUCAGGAGGGGAGAGCACUGACUCAGGAUCAGCAGUGAACACGCUUUCAAGCAAAGCUGAUCAGGCCCAGUUGGAACCAGAAUCUCCCAUCAGUAAAAAGGCAUCUUCCUCAGAUCAUCAGGCUUUUGAUCAGAAGCAUCUGAAGCUUCAACAGCAACAAAUACACCAAGAGAUGGCAACGGGACCAUCACAUAAUCAAUCAUCUGUCAAAGCACCUCAAGAAAAGAGGAAGGGAGCUGGUUCAACCUCAGAGAAACAACUUGAUGCCAAGACAUUGAGACGUCUAGCUCAAAACAGAGAAGCUGCAAGGAAAAGUCGUCUCAGGAAAAAGGCUUAUGUGCAACAGCUAGAGUCAAGUAGAAUAAAGCUUACGCAGCUUGAACAAGACCUUCAAAGAGCUCGUGCACAGGGGCUAUUCUUGGGUGGUUGUGUUGGUGCUGGUUCAAAUCUCAGCCCUGGAGCUGCAAUAUUUGACAUGGAAUACGCAAGAUGGCUAGAAGACGACCACCGGCUCAUGUCGGAGCUUCGGACGGGGUUGCAUGCGCAUUUAUCGGACGGCGAUCUUAGGUUAAUCAUAGAUGGAUAUGUUUCUCACUACGACGAGAUUUUCCAGCUCAAGGUAGUGGCUGCCAAAUCUGAUGUAUUCCACCUCUAUACUGGGAUGUGGAUUACUCCGGCUGAGCGAUGCUUCAUGUGGAUCGGCGGUUUCAGGCCUUCUGAACUCAUCAAGAUGUUAAUAGGUCAAUUAGACCCACUAACAGAACAGCAAGUGAUAGGGAUUUACAACCUCCAACACACCUCAACACAGGCUGAGGAGGCUCUCUCGCAGGGCCUGGAACAGCUCCAACAGGCUCUGGUCGACACAAUUGCCGGUGUCCCUAUCGUCGACGGCAUGCAACAGAUGGCUGUUGCCUUAAGCAAGCUUGCCAAUCUUGAAGGCUUCGUCCGGCAGGCUGAUAACUUGAGACAACAAACCCUUCAUCAAUUGCGUCGAAUAUUGACAGUCCGACAGGCAGCACGAUGUUUUCUUGUAAUUGGCGAGUAUUACGGCCGGCUUCGAGCACUUAGCUCCCUCUGGGCAUCAAGACCACGAGAGAGCAUGAUGAGUGAAGAUAACUCGUGCCAAACAACCACAGAAUUGCAAAUUGUUCAACAACAUUCACAGAAUCAUUUCUCAAGCUAUUGAAAGGAAAUCGAUUGAUCCCACUAGCGAGCUCGAGCCACAAAGCUGGAGGAUCCAAUGAUAUCACAAAUCCUUAUCUUGUUUGCUUUGAUGGAGCUAGCUAGCUGUUGGAUUUCUUCAAGAUACUUUAGAGGAGAUAGGACAUUUCUUCUUUUAUCUUCUUCUUCUUUAUAUCUUCUGCUUUUUAUUAUCUUUAUGUUAUAUUAGUAUGUUAUCUUGUAUAUAUAAUUAAUUUUAUGUGUAUGAGAGGAAGCUUCUACUUGCUUAAUUAAUGA